AUGAAGAAACACGAAGAAGAGAAAGAGAGAAUGAAGAUGAUGAUGGAAUAUGAACGACAGAAUCAAGACAAAGAGAGAAAGAGAAGAGAAGAAGAAUUCAGAGAAAGAGAAGGACUGAUCAACAAACUAGAAGAAAAGAAACAGAGAAUGAAGAUGAUGAUGGAGGAAGAACGACAGAAUCAAAACGAGAGAAAGCGGAGAGAAGAAGAAUUUAGAGAAAGAGAAGAACUGAUCAACAAACUAGAAGAAGUGAAAGAGAGAAUGAAGACGAUGAUGGAUGAUGAACGACAGAAUCAAGACAAAGAGAGAAUGAGGAGAGAAGAAGAAUUUAGAGGAAGAGGAGAACAGAUCAACAAACUAGAAGAAAAGAAACAGAGAAUGAAGACGAUGAUGGAGGAAGAACGAAAGAAUCAUGAGAAAGAGAGAAAGAGAAGAGAAGAAGAACUGAAAAGAGAAAUAAGAGAACAAGAGAAACAUCAGAGAGAGAUACGAGACGAGAUGAGACGAGAACGAGAGACAUUCAAACAUGAAAUAGAGGAAAUGAGACAAGAAAAAGAGAAUGUGAUGAAAGAAAAAGAAAAACUUCAGAUCAAAUACGACACAGAAAUAGACAGACUGAUGAACAGAAUAGGGAAUGAGAGGAAGAAAAGAGAAGAGGAAUUUAAUGAGAGAGAAGAACGAUACAAAACACUAAUGAAAGAGAAAGAAGAUCUUCAAUCCAAACAUGAAGAAGAAGAAAACAAUAUAAAGAUCCUGAUGGAGAAACUGAAAAGAGAAAGAGAAGAACUGAUGAAGAAGCAUGAAGAAGAG